UUUGAUGAAGAGUGUCGCUGUCAAAGCAUUAGAAACAGACGAAGACCGGUUAUUGGACAGACAGCUGUGGCGGAGCGUGAUGUCUCCUCCUCACGGUCACAUCUAGUUGUUAUUAAUCCGCGGAGAGCUGGAUGUCAGUCCGGGGAGAGUUUCCUCAACUGUUACCCGUCAGCGUGUCGUCCUAACCCGGGUUAAUGUUGUGUCGCUCAGCCUCUUUCUGGAGAACUAUGGAGCCCAACACAUGUCAAGUCUAAGUGCGGGUAUCUAACUCUGACUGUGUCGAAAAUCUUGUGAAUAUUUCACCCAUCUUUCUUAAACUUCAACGCAGGAGGGAAACGUUUGGCUCGUGAAGGAGCCUCUGAGGGCAUCAUGGUGAACAGCCAGGCGUCAGGCGUACCACCGGCCCCCAGGUCCUGUGCAGGAUGUGGGGGGAAGAUCGCCGACCGCUUCCUGCUCUUCUCCAUGGAGCGUUACUGGCACACUCGCUGCCUCAAGUGCUCUUGCUGCCAAGCCCAGCUGGGGGACAUUGGCACCACCUGCUACAGCAAAGGGGGCAUGAUUCUGUGCCGGAGCGACUACAUCAGACUGUUCGGGCACAGCGGGGCGUGCAGCGCCUGUGGCCAGUCGAUCCCAGCCAACGAAAUGGUGAUGAGGGCACAGGGAAAUGUUUACCACCUCAAGUGUUUCAGCUGUGCCACCUGUAGAAACAGACUGAUGCCUGGCGAUCGCUUCCAUUACAUCAAUGGUACAAUCUUCUGUGAGCACGACAGACCCGGCGCUGCCUUGCUCAGCAGCCACUUGCCUCCACUUCAAAGCAGCUCUGUGCUGACGGACCAGAAGGUUUGCUGAGCAGCAGGAGUCCUGUGUUCCUCAGCUUCACUUCUCUUCAGUGCAACUUUUCCCCCUCCUGCUCCUGUCGCCAUUAUGAGGAUCCUAAUCACCGCUCUGCCUCUCUUUCCCCUGGAGAGGAUGCAGCUUCACACCUACGAUGCCCCAUCCGCCACCAUGUCAGAGAUUUUUAUAUGCAGCGUAUAAAGUCCCGUUUAUGUUGUUUUCUGUUCGAGUUGUCUGUGCAUCAUGCAGAGACUUGCAGAUCGUGUGGACUGCUCUGGUGAAAGGCUCAUUCAGGACUGGGACAAUGCUGGAGGAGAACAAUGAGCCUGCACCUACUGGAAGAAGAAACAAAAGACGCUUAAGUGAACAUUUGAUGGACUGCUGUAGAAAGGCUGUCAAAGCUUUCAGUGAACUUUGAUCUCUCUCUCUCUCUCUUGUAAAUGUUUAUCUAAAAAACACACUGAGGAUUUAAAUGUGAUGGGUGUCGGGCACAAAUAUGUCAAAAUGUGUGGUGAUAGAAAAACUUUCAACCAGAACUCACUUGAAAUGAGUGUAAACUUUGAAGGCUGGCUAUACACUGGACAAUAUUGGAAGUUUUACUAAGGGCAGUUCGUGGCAUCAUAAUUUCAAAUGCAAAAAACUAGACAAGGGGUUCCCAGACUUUUCAGCCCCCAAAAUUACAGUGCAAAUGGCUCAAUAACCUGGUGUUAAAGCAUGUCAUGCUUUAACACCCUCUGCAUUAGCAUCUUCUUCUCCCUGCGUCCCCAUUUUUCUGGCAUCACCGUAUUCUCCUCUUUCUUUCUGCAUGUUUUUCCUCUCCCUUUUCUCUAUCACUGCAUCCCCCUCUUCCCUCUUUCUACACCUAUCUCUGUUCCUUUUUAACCCCAGCCCCCUGGCAGAUAGCUGUUCAACAUGAGUCUUCUUCUGUAGAGGUUUCUGCCUGUGAGAGGAAGUUUUUCUUGCAGCUGUAACUUUGAUAAAUUUCUUAGUGCUUUGCUGUUGGUGGAUUGAUGUCAGGUCUAUUUCUAUAAAUGAUAUAACAAUGAGUAAGGUCUAUGCCUGCCUUCUUAGUAAACUGGUCAGGUUAUGAAUAUGGCCCUUUAGAAUCAAACAUUGAUUGAAAAUGGCUGUGCACACUUGCUCUACCUUUUCCAACUCUAACAUAAAAACGACUUAACUGUAAGAGAGGCUGGAAGCAGAAUAAAACGUUUGGAAUUAUUUAAAAAAUUCUCAGAUCUCCCGUCAGUAGUGCAAUGAUUUCAGAGAGGUUACUUUGAGAUCUCACAGAAACUCGUAUGAAUAAACGUGACUUCAGAAGAAAACCUAAUAUGGCAGAUGAUCAACUUAUUCAACUGACCUAUGGCUAAGUCCCGCCCUCAAACGCGAUGAGCCAAUCACAGUGUGUAUAGCCACUCCAAUACACUCGGACAUCGGCUGCCUGGACGUCCACUGAAAUGAAUAGAAGAAAGUCAGUUUUCAUCCGGUUUUAUGAGUUUUUUUUAAGAUUUUAAGUUUAAAAAUGGUCAAACGGUGUUCAUGGGGUACAUGCGACUCCAACACAGGGUAUCCUGAUAGGCUGGGCGACGGAGUGUAUUUUUUACCCUUUCCUAAGCCACAUCUAAACCGAGAAAGUGUCUUCUUUGGAUGAAUUUUUUACAGUAGACCACAAUAUCAACUCAACGUGGAUAAAAUUAACAACAUCUGUUCUAAGGUAAGCCAACAUCGUAUUUUAGGCAGCAUAUUGUCACUUUGCUGAAAAGAAAUAUAAAGUUAUCUUUAACAUCUCUAACGUUAGCUAAAGUUAGCCUAAUGUUAGCUCCUAACGGUGUUGUUCGUUAUGUCACGUUGUUUGUUGGGAGUUCAUUGGCGUUGUUUGUUCUAGUUUUUAUUCUUUGGUGAUCGUACAUCAUUGUUAGCUGAUGUCCAAAGGGCUCUAGUUAAUCUAACAUUAACUUCUUUUGGUAACUUCUAGAUGAUAUGUGAUCUUUCUGUCUCCAAAAAUAAUCAACGGCCUCCUAUGAAAUGUCUCCUACUGUGACAACUGCAAUAGUGUCUUUCACUGAAUGCUCAUUGUUUGUCCAAAUGGUGGAGGGGGUGUGGCUUAGCCAUAGGUCAAUUGGCUGUCCUGGCGUGCACACAAUGAGAAAAUAAUCCUGGUUUAGAAAACUGCAUAUGCACCCCUUGCACUUUGCAGCACAAGGUGGAGGUGCCAUGUUUGUGAGCAUGCAGCAGGUUGGUUCUUCCUGGUCUGCUGCUCUCGUUUGCUGCAGCCCAUCAUACAUGUUUGACAUUUACGGUUUGAAUCCAGGGAGGCUCUGACUCAGUCAGGAGUAGUAAAGUAAUCAUGUUAACACCACAAAAAGAGCAUUAUUUUGACAAUCACUGACAAAACACCUUGAAUGUGGCCACACCCUCCUGAUGUACAGGGGCAGGGAAUUGGACCCAAAGUGGGGUCUGUAAUUGUCUAGUGUGUAGCCAACCCAGCGGAAACUAAUUCCUGUCUUCUGUAAUGCCCUGCAUAAAGAGCUGAAAUCAUCCAGUGAUUUUUUUCCUACUGUAGAGUUUAACUGCGUAUCAGAUGUUCAGUGUGAAAACUGUGGAGUUAAACAUCCUAUUAAAGCGUUUUUCCUGUUACAGCUGAGAUGAGGUCAUUUUGAAGCCCCUUAGCGGCAUUAGAGUGGUGUUGAAUUGCGUGGUACCGACUGGUAGGGCUGGGCAAUUUCUCAAGUUUUAAGAUAUACUGUCAAAUGAUAUCAAAAAUAUAGUCUUCAUUGACAUGGUUAAUGAUGCAUUAAAAUAACAUUUGAUGUUUCUUUUGAUUUCAUGCAACCAAUUUUGAGUAAAAUGUUGAAUGAACUCAUUGGAGAAAAAAAGGCUUAAUGCUCAGUAAAAAGGCUGAUUAUGGUACCAACCACUAACAGUAUAUCCUUGUUUACCAUAAGACCAGUUGAAAACUAAUUUUAUUUAACUAGAAGUAAUGAUUUUAUAGUAAAAAUGAAAUGUUUGAUAACACAACAAGUCUUGAUGUGCAAGACUCCCAUUAUUGAGACUUUUGUUAUUGCUGCAAAUGAUACAAACUCCAUUAUUUAAUUGAUUUUUUUUUUAAAAAGUAUAGAAAAAAUAUAUAUAUUUUUUUGUCUUGUUUAACCAAAAGAGAGACAAUUCUGUCUAAAUUUCACAAACACAUUGAGAGCAUUCUUGAUUAUAAAGCAAAUGACUUAUUAGUGCUCCUUAAAUAAGAUCGAAGUUGAAAAAUUACAAUUUAUUUGUGCAGUUGUGCAGGCAUUGCUCUCUCUUUUUUAGUCAAAAAUAGAACUGAAGUUCAGGUUUGAGUUCCCUUUGAUCAUUAAAAAAGUGGAGACUUUAUCACUGAAACGAUUGAAAUUUUGAGAUUUUACAUUUUGCCCAUAUUGACAACCCCAGUAUACAAAAAUGUUGCCAAUGUUUAUGUACAGUAAACUGUGUGCAGGAGUUUGUCAGCAUUGCCCAAUAUUGGGUGGAUAGGACUUUAAUUUUUGUUGCUAUGUUAUAAAUGGGCUUCAGUAUCAUUUGAUAUUGACCUGAAGGUGCCCCAAAGGUUAAUGAAAUAAAAAAUAAAGUUGGCAACAUAUUUGUGCAAUUUAGACAUUACCAUCUUUCUCAAAAUAUGCUGAAGAUCUUAAGGGUUCAGUAUGUUUUGAUAUCACCAGUCCUUACAAUGAUGGAGCUUUUAUCACUCAGAAAAACGACAGUAUUUAAUGAUAUAGAAAUCUCAAUCUUCAGGAAUGUUGCCAAUGUUUUUGUUCAGUUGAGACAGUGUGUAGGCAUCAGGAAGUUGCCUAAGAUUUCCAUUUCUUCUAUAGAUUUUGGACAAUAUUUUUUAACAAUCAGAAAACUUGAAAAACUCCUACACUCAAUAAACUGUACAAAAAUAUUUGCAACAUACUCAUAUAUUGACAUCAGAUUUUUCUUUUUAUUCUUAAACAAUGUGUUUCAAAGUGUAUAAAUCUCCAUUAUAUUAUAGAUUUUUUCUAUCAAAUGGUAAAGAAAAUGAUGUGUUUUGUCUAAAUUGCACAGCUAUGUUGCAGUUUUUUUAAUUUAAUAUUUUAAAGGAGCAAUUGUAAGAAUAAGCCAAACAAAACUGAAAGCUCUUUGAAACAAUGGCAACCAAAUUAUAAGACCUACUUUUGCAAUUUUCUAUUGAACUGCAAAAUUUGUUGCCAACAUAAAUGUGCAAUUAAGACACUGCUCAAUCUUUUCUUUGAAAUGUGGCUGUUAACACAUUGUUUUUGUACUUGUUGAUACGACCAAUCAAUUGAAUAAUGGAGAUUUUAAUCAUUCGAAACAGAUGGUAUUUAAAGAUAUGUAACUAUGGCAUUGCCAUGGCAUGCACAUAUGUUGACAAUAUUUUUGUACAAUUAGCUCUUUCUAGGAGUUUGUCAGCAU